UCUACGAAAAUGGGGUCCGACGAGGCGAGAUGAAAGUUUACAAGUCAACUUUAGAGUCGCAUCAUGAAGCUCUCAAAGUCAGUUUGGAACAACAUGGAGAGGAUCAUCCUGCAACAGCUUACAUUUACUACAACAUUGGAAUGACACAACAAAAGAUGAAAGAUUUCAAAUCUGCAUUGGAGUCGGAGAUAAAGUCUCUUGCAAUCAGAACCAAACUAUUUGGAGAUGACCAUCAAGACACAGCUAACAGUUAUCACAGCAUUGGGGUCACACAACAUAAAAUGAAACAUUACGAGCCAGCAUUGGAAUCAAAACAAAAAGCUUUUGAAAUUAGAUCACGGCUAUAUGGAGAAGACCAUCCGGACACAGCUGACAGUUAUUAUAACAUCAGAAAAACACAACAUAAGAUGAAAAAUUACUCGUCAGCAUUAGAGUCAAAAGAGAAAGCUCUUAAGGUCAGGUUGAAACUAUUUGGAGAAAAUCAUCCUGCAACAGCUGACAGUUAUAAGAGCAUUGGAGACACACAAAAUGAGUUGGAAGAUUACACGUCAGCAUUGGAGUCGAAACAAAAAGGUCUUGAUAUCAGAUUAAAGCUAUAUGGAGAAGAUCAUCCUGACACAGCUGACAGUUACAACAACAUAGCAAUAACAUAUCAUUCUAUGGAAGAUUACAAGUCCACAUUAGCAUCGCAAGAAAAAGCUCUUCACAUCAGAUUAAAGCUAUAUGGAGAAGAUCAUCCCGACACAGCUGACAGUUAUAGGAGCAUUGCAGGCACGCAAAGGUCCUUAGGAGAUUCCAAGAAAGCAUUGGAGUUAGGAUUAAAGUCUCUUAAAAUUACUUUAAAACUGUUUGGAGGAUAUCAUUCUGACACGGCAGAUAGCUACUUCAGCAUUGGAAUAACACAAGAUAAAAUGGGAGAUUACAAGUGUGCGUUAGAGUCGCAGAAAAAAGCUCUUGAGAUCAAAUUAAAGCUAUACGGAGAAGAUCAUCCUGAGACAAUUGAAAAUCAUAUCUUCAUUGCAAUGACACAGGGUGAGAUGGGAGAUUAUAAAUCAGCAUUCGAGUCAGGAAAUAAAGCACUUGAAAUCGUAAUAAAAAACAUUGCGAGGAAGAUGAUCCACUCGCAACUUACAUUUAUAACUUUAUUGGAUUGAUGGAAAAC